AUGGUAAGUCAAUUAAGUUCACAACAAACUCAAGACAUUUACUCUCAUCUCGAAUACAAUCUCUUAGACAUUCUUCAUCUCAAAGAAUCCAUUAUCAAAAUGAGUGAUGAGAUCAAGUCUGCAAUAGUCGACUACAAGCCUAUUGUGGCCCUGGAGUCCACAAUUAUUACGCAUGGAAUGCCUUUCCCUAUUAAUUUUCAGACGGCACAGAAUGUGGAGAAAAUAGUCCGAAAUAGAGGUGCAAUUCCGGCCACUAUUGCUGUAAUUGAGGGCCAAAUAUGUGUUGGCCUUAAUAAACAACAAUUGUUAUUACUAUCACAAGAGAGUGGGAGCGGAAGACUGACGAAGAUAUCGCGCUGUGAUCUGCCAGUCGUGAUGUCGACGGGAGGGACGGGCGGCACAACAGUGAGCGCCACAUCUCUGAUCGCCAACCGGUGCGGAAUCGAUGUGUUCACGACGGGAGGCAUCGGUGGCGUCCAUCGGGACGUUCAGCACACUAUGGAUAUCAGCGCAGAUCUGACAGAAUUGGGCCGAACGCCAGUCACUGUCAUCUGUUCCGGCGUUAAAUCGAUUCUCGAUAUUCCGAAGACUUUGCAAUAUCUGGAGACACAGGGAGUCUGUGUUGUCGUGUUUGACGGCCACCAACACAGCCCUCAAAGUGUAGAAUUUCCGGCAUUUUUCAGUCGAAAGAGCGGAUCUCAAGUGGCCUACAACGCGACGACGGCUGAAGAGGUGUCUCGUCUUAUAUUAGCUCGAAAUGAGUUGGGAUUA